GGAAAAUGUUUGGCCCAUUUAUAUGACAUUCUUUUCGUUUACUAUAAAUCUCAUCUCAUCAUAAACCAAAACCCUAGUUGCUGCCGCGCGUAACUCUGUUCGUCACCGUUUUGCAGGUUGAUAGCUUAUUGGAGUAGCUUCUGUUAGCAAUGGCGCCUAAAGGUGAUGCAACAAAGAAAGGUGAUGCAAAGUCACAAGCUUUGAAGACAGCCAAGGCUGUAAAGACUGGCUCAACAUUCAAAAAGAAAGCCAAGAAGAUCAGAACCAAGGUUACCUUUCACCGCCCAAGGACGCUAAAGACAGACAGAAAUCCCAAGUACCCACGCAUCAGUGCUCCACCAAGAAACAAAUUAGACCACUACCAGAUCUUGAAAUACCCUUUGACCACAGAAUCUGCAAUGAAGAAAAUUGAAGACAAUAAUACCCUUGUCUUCAUUGUUGACAUCCGUGCUGACAAGAAGAAAAUCAAAGAUGCAGUCAAGAAGAUGUAUGACAUCCAGACCAAGAAAGUCAACACCUUGAUCAGACCUGAUGGAACAAAGAAGGCAUAUGUUCGGUUAACUCCAGAUUAUGAUGCCUUGGAUGUUGCAAACAAGAUUGGAAUCAUCUAAGUAAGUUGUUUUAAAGUCAAAAAGGUGAUUGUCGUAUCAACUCUAUUGUUAGUUUUAUUGUCUUGAAUAGGUGAACUAAAUUUAUUUUUGUUUGCUUUUAAUUCUGGAUUCAAUUUUGUUAAUGGAUCAUACUUUUAUGGUUGGAGUUAUUUUGUUAUGUUGA